AUCAUGUAACUUCUCUUUAUUCUCAGCUCACUGACAUUAGUCUCAAGUAGCUGCUGUAUGAAGCGUCCAUUAAGUCCUGAACACAUCUUUGAAGAUGGGAUUAUGAAUCAACCAGCUAUUCUACAGGGCUUUGAAGAAAAAGGAUUGAGGAACGACAGACAGGACUAUCAAUUAAGCAAAGAAAAAAAGAAGGUACUGUUUUCUUUCUGUGAAGUGUGCAAUAUACAACUGAACUCUGCGGCACAAGCUCAAGUUCAUUACAAUGGGAAGUCUCACCUGAGAAGAGUGAAGCAGCUAAAUAAUGGAAAGCUCCCUACAAGUACAGCCACUGGCACUUUGUUUGCAACUACAAACACAGGCACUACUACACUUCCCACCCUUGUGCGCACACCUACCUUGAUGAUGCAGCCUUCCCUGGAUAUCAAACCCUUUAUGUCCUUCCCCAUGGACAGCAGCUCUGCUGUUGGAUUCUUCCCAAAUUUUAACACAAUGGAUCCUGUGCAAAAAGCAGUCAUAAACCACACAUUUGGAGUGUCCAUUCCCCCAAAGAAGAAGCAAGUAAUUUCCUGUAACGUCUGCCAGCUUCGAUUUAACUCUGAUAGCCAGGCCGAGGCCCACUACAAAGGAAGUAAACAUGCCAAGAAGGUCAAAGCACUAGAGGCAACGAAAAGUAAACCCAAAGUUGGUUCUUCCAAGGACAGCGCAAAGUCUAACACAAGCUGCUGCACCACGCCAGUCACAGCCAACAUCUCUGACAAAUCAGAAGAUAAAGGAAAAGCAAAACCCAAUAGUGCAAGUCAACAGUCCAGUACAGAAGUGGGUUCUUUUCUUCCCAAACCUGGAGUGGCAGCAGUGGCAGCUGUAACACCUACUUCAUCCUCCAAGAGCACGAAUGGAUCUCCUAACGCAGUUUCUGAGUCAGAAGAGGAAAAAGCCAAAAAACUACUUUAUUGUUCAUUAUGCAAAGUGGCUGUGAAUUCCCUGUCACAACUAGAAGCCCACAAUACAGGCUCCAAGCACAAGACCAUGGUUGAGGCACGAAAUGGUGCAGGUCCCAUCAAGUCUUACCCUAGACCUGGAUCCCGGCUGAAGGUGCAGAAUGGUAGUAAAGGCUCAGGACUGCAGAACAAGACAUUUCAUUGUGAAAUCUGCGAUGUCCAUGUGAAUUCAGAGAUUCAACUUAAACAGCACAUUUCCAGCCGAAGACAUAAGGACAGAGUUGCAGGGAAGCCUAUGAAACCUAAAUACAGCCCUUACAACAAACUGCAGCGCAGCCCAAGUAUUUUAGCAGCAAAGCUUGCAUUCCAGAAGGACAUGAUAAAGCCACUGGCACCUGCUUUCCUUUCAUCUCCUCUUGCUGCAGCUGCGGCUGUGUCAUCGGCUCUGUCCCUUCCUCCCCGUCCUUCUGCCUCCUUGUUCCAGGCACCUGCAAUACCACCAGCUCUCCUCAGGCCAGGCCACGGUCCCAUCCGGGCAACACCUGCCUCCAUACUUUUUGCACCAUACUAA